AUGAGUGUUCCAGCAUUAAUCAGGAUCCGGGGUGGUCGCAGCGACGACCAUCUACAAGACGAUGGAAUUCCUACAAUGAUCCAGAUCCCCUGCUUAUCUUCUUCUUGCCAUGACGACAACCACACACGCCUGAGCAAGUCGAGCAAUUCCCUCAUGGACUUGUCCUCUCAAGGCCACUCCUCGAGCGGUCGGUGGGAAUCCAAUACAAGUCUCUGUGAAUCGUCGGGAUGUUCCUCUUCGGCGGCACCACCCAAGCAACCGCGUCGUCGAACGAGCCGAGAACGAAAGUCCUCCAAAAACAGUGACAAGCCACCUCGUAUCCCACAUCUCGUCUCUCCCGGAUCAUCGAGACAUCAUCAUCCACACUAUCAUCGAGACUCGACGACGAGCUCCAGGAGGACAUCGAGGCAAGACAUGAUUGCAACUCAUCGAAGUCGAAAUGAUCCUCUGGUGAGUAAGUUCCUGGAUCGCCAUGCUGGAGAAUUGAAUAUCAAGACCGUCAAGGCUCUGCGGGGUGGUCGAAGGUAA